UCGGGGAAUGUAUUUCGUAUGGAAGUAAAAAAACAAAAACGAAAACAAAUCUAAAUGGUGAUUUCUCAAAUCUUUGGAUUUUUCCUCGCUCGAUCGAUCCCGUUUUUCCAGGUCGCCGCCUCCUUUCUCCUCGUCGUUAGGGUUUCAAAUCUCUUCUUCCCUUGUCGCAGCAAGAACGCGAGACGCAGAGAGAAGCGUGAUUCCAUGGGCGACAACGCGAUGGCAAACGGCGCGAAGAAGAAGCGGACGAAUCGCUCUGCCAGGUUGAAGCGUUCCAAGUUCGAUGCGCGUCGCGAGCAAUUACUUUCUCCAACUAGGUGCGAGGAUGAUUGCAAGAUUUCUGGUGAGGAUCAACCCCCGCUGUCACGGAAAGACGCUAGUGACAACAGGAUUAGUGUGAUGGGGGAGGAUGAAGCCCCUCAUCGAAGAAGGCACACUAUUACUUAUUCCAGUUCGCCUAGUGUUACUGAUGCUGAAGAGGAGCACAAUCAUGUUGACGAUGGAGUGCUUGAUGAUUGGGAGGCAGUGGCAGACGCCAUAUCCGAAGCCAAUGACUUGGCUGACCAUGAACCUGAUUCUCUUUUUCCUCUGGCCCUUCAUUCGGUUGCUGCUUCUCCAAUUGCUAGCCAAUCCAUCACAAAGCCGGAGCCAAUUCGGAGUGCUCCCAGAGCUUGGGAACCAGAUGAUGCAUCCAGGCCACGUAGCCUUCCGAGUAUCUCCAAGCAGUGGAGCCUCCAUGCUAAAACAGAUCGGCAGUGCAGUUUGGUCGGCCAGCAGAAGGGCAUCCUUUCUUUGCCUUGCCGGUGCCCUAUCUGUUAUGAGAAUUUGGACCCAACAGACUCCAGCUUCUUCCCCUGUUGCUGUGGCUUUAGACUCUGCCUCUUCUGCCACAAGAGGAUUCUUGAGGACGAUGCUCGUUGCCCUGGUUGCCGGAGAGCAUAUAAUUCUUUGUCCAAUGGACCAGAGACCAUCAAUUUUAUGAGGAUACCACCCGCAUCUCCCUGGCUAUCCCGUUCUUUUAGCAUGAUAUCGAGAUCUUGUAGCAGGGAGCAUUAGGUUCUCAAAUUAUUAAGACAUGCAAUGCUCUUACGGAUAGAUUGAAAAUAGGGAUAUAGUAGCUUGGAACUUCUAGAGAACUGUGUUCAUGAAAAUCUAUCAUUGCAUACCAUGUAUUUUCAGUAAGCAUCUGCAUCAGUUCUCAGAACCUCUAUUUGUGAAUAUCUGUGAAGAAACAAGUAAUAGUUAUAUUGCAUUUCUGUU